AUGCGUCCAUGUCUUGAGAAGCAUCAUGGGAGAGUGCUGUCAUCGUUUUCUGAAGUCGUUAACAAAAGCAUCCCAUUUUGGGAUAAGUUAGCCGAAAUCGACCGUGAAGGUUGGGCAGCCAGAGCUCGAGUUGAGAAGAAAAGCGAUCAUUAUAUCUACAUUCGUAAGGCUCGGGAGAAAGGCUGUGGAGAACGGGAAGUGCUCAGUUUGCAGCUUAGCGAUUGUGAAAGCGAUCCGGACGAGUUACCUGGACAGAUUUGCGAUGUGCAGCAAAUCCGACAUCGGAAGAAGAAGUUCCCAAUCAUCAUCAAGAUUCCAUGCCCCAGCAAAACGAAGAAGGGUUCAUGCCUCGACCCAGAACUACCCCACAAACGAUUGCAUCGCAUAGGGCUGAAGUUCUGUACAACUGGACCCCUGCAGAUCGCAGUCUUCGCUAUGACAAAGAAACAACCUGGCGUGGAAGUAUGCCUACUAGUUACAUUCCCGUUAAGUUUUCGAGAUAAAUUGACCAUUAUAGGAACG